UCUUUUUAGUGUCGCUUCGUGGCUUUCUGCCGGCUUCUUUUGCUUUGUCUUUUUUGACUCUUGGAUCCCAUCGUCAUGUUGCGCUCAAUUAUCGGUCGCCGUAGUUUCCAUUCGGCUGGUGCUCGCUAUAUUCAAGCUGGUGACCGCUUACCCAGCGUCCAAGUUCAGCGUAAAUCACCUGCUGAUGUUGUGAAUGUUCGUGAGCUUUUUGAAAACGCGAACAAGGCGGUCUUAUUUGGCGUCCCCGGUGCUUUCACACCUGGCUGCUCGAAAACCCAUUUACCUGGAUACAUCAAGAAGGCUGAGGAACUCAAGAAGAAGAACGUGGAUUUGAUUGCAUGCGUGUCUCACAACGAUGCCUUUGUUAUGAACGCUUGGGGUGACAGUGUCCAGAACAACGAUGCCGUGAGCUUAUUGGCAGAUUUCAAGGGUGAAUUGGCCGAAGCAUUGGACCUCUCUUUUGACGCUACUGGUGCCCUUGGUAAUCGUCGUUAUAAGCGAUUCGCUGCCAUCAUCGAAAAGGGAGUUGUCAAACAACUGUUUGUGGAACCUGAUAACACCGGUUUGAAUGUCAGUCUUGUCGAAAAUGUGGAAAAGCAUCUGUAAAUGGCUCUCAAAUAAAGUAAGCUGGAGAUAAAAAGAAUCUGUGUCGUCGCCUUGGUGCUGUAAAAAUGUUGCUGGUUUGUCAUAUUCUUUUCUGGGGUUAU